AUGUGCGGAAUUUCUGCUUGUAUCUUGUUUCAAGCGGCAACAAACAAUGGCCACAGUGAAUGCUCGGAGCGUGCAAAUGCUCCUUGCGGCGCCGAAAUCAAAGACCACGAAGGCGACACGGCGAAGGGCUUGGCGGCAGACCUCAAAGCUUCCGUCGAUCUCAUCAACCACCGUGGACCGGAUGACUCGGGGGUAUGGAUCAGUAUGAACGAGCAGGUCGGGCUUGCCCACUGCCGACUGUCCAUCAAUGAUUUAUCCUCCGCAGGCCGACAACCACUGCACAGCAGCGACGACGAAAUUCAUGCUGUGGUGAAUGGCGAAAUUUACGACUACGACCGCCUUCGCCAUGAAUGCGAAACCAUCCACAACUACCAUUUUCAUAGCGACAGUGACAGCGAGCUUGUUUUGGCGCUCUAUUGGAUUCACGGCGCCCCUGGCUUUCUAACACAUCUGCGCGGCGAAUUCGCAUUCGUCCUCUACGAUAACCGCGAAGGAGCCCAGCGCGUGAUCGCCGUACGCGAUCGUUAUGGAAUCAAGCCGCUUGUAUAUACUCGCGUCGGGUCGAAGCUACUCAUCGCUUCCGAGGCCAAGGCAUUCUUGCCCUUGGGCUGGAAGCCGCGCUGGGAUGUACGUGCAAUUGCCGACGCUGGCUGGAUGUUUGAUGACCGAACGCUGUUCCGUGGAGUCCGAAAGGUUUUGCCUGGACACUAUCUUGAUAUUACAGCACAAGGUGGUGUGCGGCAGGUUAAAUAUUGGGACACUGAGUACGAAGACAAGAGCAAACCUGAAACUCGCACCAUCGACGAAAUGGUAUUGGGCGUUCGCGAGAGGCUGGUCGAGUCUGUUCGUCUUCGCCUUCGUGCUGAUGUCCCCGUCGGCAUCUACUUAUCCGGAGGGAUUGACUCUUCUGCCAUUGCCGGUAUAGUGACGGAACUUGCACGGAAGGAAAAUGUCAAUAUUGGGAACGAAAAGUCUACUCGAGUCACCUGCUUCAGCGUGGCAUUCCCUGAGACAUCCGGGUAUGAUGAAUCAAGCAUUGCCGAGCGAACAGCCGCCUGGCUCGGAGUGAAGACCAUCAAGAAGAUCAUAACUGAGGAAACCCUGGCUGAAGAAUUUGCGGACGCCGUGUUCCACUGCGAGCAUCAUCACUUUGACCUUAACUUUGUGGCCAAGUUUGCACUCUCAACUCUGCCCCGUGAGUACGGUGUCAAGGUCGUUCUGACUGGUGAAGGAGCCGACGAGCAUUUCGCUGGCUAUCCAUACUUUCCUGGCGAAUACCUCCGCGAAGCUGAUGAAGCCUUGCCUGACUCUCAAUUGUCCCAAAAUAGUGACCUUCGAAAUGACAUGUUCGAGUCCGUACAGCGGGAAAUGAAAGGAAUCUGGCGAAAAAGUGGUGCAACUGCAUACGAGGAUAGACCAGCUCUUGCAUCCAUCGCAGAAGCGAGAGCAACAGACAUGAGUGAUAAUCUGUUGGCGUGGCAUCCCACGGCCACUCUCUUUGCUCCUUGGCUACAAACCCAGCAGGAUAACUAUGACUGCCGCAAAACGGUCCUGAAUUCGCUCCCUAGUGAUGUCCAAGCCAAGAUCCGAUCACGAUGGCACCCUUUGCACUCGUCCAUGUACAUGUGGAACAAAAGCUCGUUGUCCAACGUUCUGCUAUCAUGUCUGGGCGAUCGCACCGAGAUGGCACACAGCGUUGAAGCACGCACACCAUUCUUAGACCAUCACCUUACCGAGUAUGUCGACCGGUUGCCGCCCAGCGUCAAAUUGCGCUACUCGGCCGAUACUGCAAGUGAUACUGGUGAGCUGGGUCCCAUUUGGACCAAGUCCAGUGUAGCCUUGCAGUCGCUCAAUGAAAAAUGGAUUCUGCGCCAGGCGGUGCGUCCUUACAUUACGGACGAGCUGUACAAGCGAAAGAAGCACCCUUUCCUUGCGCCAACUCGAUGGGCCAGGGACGGGCCAUUGCAGCGCAAGUUCAAGACGUUACUGACGCGAGAAGCUGUGGAAGAAUUGGGCUUUGUCGACUGGGAAACGAUUCAGGAGGCUAUGGAGGUUGCUUGGGGCGAGACAGCAGACCCCAAGGCCUUCCGACAGUUGGUAUAUUGUGGUGCUUGGGUGACGCUAAGUCAACGUAUGGGCGUGGCGAAGGCGGACCAAUCUGAUUGGGAAGCCACUAUAUAG